AUGCCUAUGAUUUCUGUGCUGGGCAAAAUGUUUGUGUGGCAGCGUGAAGGGCCUGGAGGACGAUGGACUUGUCAGACAAGUCGCAGAGUAGCCUCGGACCCCGCGUGGGCUGUGGAGUGGAUCGAACUUCCUCGGGGCCUCUCUCUAACCUCCUUGGGAUCUGCUCGGACCCUCCGAGGCUGGAGCCGGUCCUCUCGCCCUUCCUCCGUGGACAGCCAGGACUUGCCAGAGGUGAAUGUUGGAGACACAGUCGCGAUGCUGCCCAAGUCCCGGAGAGCCCUAACCAUCCAGGAGAUCGCUGCGCUGGCCAGAUCCUCCCUGCAUGGUAUUUCCCAGGUGGUGAAGGACCACGUGACCAAGCCCACCGCCAUGGCCCAGGGCCGAGUGGCUCACCUCAUUGAGUGGAAAGGCUGGAGCAAGCCGAGCGACUCGCCUGCAGCCCUGGAAUCAGCCUUUUCCUCCUAUUCGGACCUCAGUGAGGGCGAGCAGGAGGCUCGAUUUGCAGCAGGAGUAGCUGAGCAGUUCGCCAUUGCAGAAGCCAAGCUCCGGGCAUGGUCUUCGGUGGAUGGGGAGGACUCCACGGAUGAAUCCUAUGAUGAGGACUUUGCUGGGGGAACUGACGCAGAUGUAUCUGGGCAGCUGCCCCUGGGGCCCCACCUCCAGGACCUGUUCGGUGGCAGGCGCUUCUCCCGGCGCCAGGGCUCCGUGGAGCCUGAGAGCGACUACUCGCAGACCGUUUCCCCAGACACCCUGUGCUCUAGUCUGUGCAGCCUGGAGGAUGGGCUGCUGGGCUCCCCGGCCCGGCUGGCCUCCCAGCUGCUGGGUGAUGAGCUGCUGCUCCCUAAACUGCCCCCCAGCCGGGAAAGUGCCUUCCGCAGCCUGGGCCCAUCGGAGGCCCAGGACUCACUCUACAACUCGCCCCUCAUGGAGUCCUGCCUUUCCCCCGCCGAGGAGGGGCCAGCCCCUUGCCAGGACUGCCAGGCGCUCUGUCCACUGCCAGUGGGCAGCUGGGAACGGCAGCGGCCAGCCUCCGCUGUGGCCUCCUCUGGGGUGGUGUCCUUAGAAGAGGAGGGGGCAGGGCUGGAGGAACAGUGACCCACAUCCUGCCCGGUGGUGGCACAGUCCCCUGGCUGCUGCCGGGGGCAGGGCCUUGGUGCCAAGUGUGGCUCCAGGCUCCCAGCCGAGCUCCGCAGCCUGGAGGGCUCCCGGCAGCACUAGCUCCUCUGUCGUGUGUUUUGCAUGAAAGUGU